AUGUCAGCCACCGGCCUGGGCCCGGUCCGCUGCGCCUUCGUGCUCCUGCUCGCCCUCUGCAGCCAGCCCGCCUCCAGCCAGGACUGCAGCGCCCCGUGCCAGUGCCCUGCCGGCCCGGCGCCGCGCUGCCCCGCCGGCGUCAGCUUGGUGCUGGACGGCUGCGGCUGCUGCCGCGUGUGCGCCAAGCAGCUGAGCGAGUUGUGUACCGAGCGCGACCCCUGCGAUCCGCACAAGGGCCUCUUCUGCGACUUCGGCUCCCCGGCCAACCGCAAGAUCGGCGUGUGCACCGCUAAAGAUGGUGCCCCCUGCGUUUUCGGAGGAACUGUGUACCAGAGCGGAGAGUCUUUCCAGAGCAGCUGCAAAUACCAGUGCACGUGUCUUGACGGGUCGGUGGGCUGCGUGCCCCUAUGCAGCGUGGACGUCCGCCUGCCCAGCCCCGACUGCCCCUUCCCUCGGAGGGUCAAGCUGCCCGGGAAAUGCUGCGAGGAAUGGGUGUGUGAUGAGCCCAAGGAGCACACCGUGGUCGGCCCUGCACUCGCAGCUUACCGGCCGGAAGACACGUUUGGCCCAGACCCAACCAUGAUCCGAGCCAACUGCCUGGUCCAGACCACAGAGUGGAGUGCCUGUUCCAAGACCUGCGGAAUGGGCAUCUCCACCCGGGUUACCAAUGACAACGCAUUAUGCAGGCUGGAGAAGCAGAGCCGCCUCUGCAUGGUCAGACCUUGCGAAGCUGACCUGGAGGAGAACAUUAAGAAAGGCAAAAAGUGCAUCCGGACCCCCAAAAUCUCCAAGCCUAUCAAGUUUGAGCUUUCUGGCUGCACCAGCAUGAAGACAUACCGAGCUAAAUUCUGCGGAGUGUGCACAGACGGGCGGUGCUGCACCCCCCACAGAACCACCACCCUUCCCGUGGAGUUCAAGUGUCCUGAUGGGGAGGUCAUGAAGAAGAGCAUGAUGUUCAUCAAGACCUGUGCCUGCCAUUACAACUGCCCUGGAGACAAUGAUAUCUUCGAGUCACUGUACUACAGGAAGAUGUAUGGAGACAUGGCCUAA